AUGGGAAAACAGCCACCAGGCUCCAAAGACCCUCAGACUGUACGUGUUUCUCAGCAGAAACACUGGGCUGCCUACAUCCACGUGGAGCUGAAUUCUGCCAACAACGUGAAUGAGCUUGAAGUGGAUUCCUCCCCAGAGGCUCCAGACACCUCUGACUUUGUAGUUUCCGGAUCAGAAAACCAGCCAAGCCUACUGGAUUGCUGUGGAACUGUCAAGCUCAAGCUCAGGACAUACAGAGGUAAAGGGAACUGGCUAGGAAGACUCCUGUGUGGCUUCCUUUGCAAAAGAGGCGGCUAUGCCAAGCUGGGCUGCCUGGGCCAGGCCAGCACGGUUCCCCUGGUGGGGGGCUGUGGCCCCGGGACGAGUCCCGAGACAGGCUCCUUGAGGGGAGGAGGAAGGCGAGAGCCGUGCUGGAUCUGGGGGCCCAGACUGAGGGCAGCGGCUGGUUCGAAUACUGCGUCCAAAGUCCCAAGGGAGGUGUCCAGCGCAGUUGGACCAGGAAGCCUGGGGCGCACUGGAGAGAAGGGACGAGAGGCGCAGAAACGCGGAGCGGGAAAAGGGCAUCUUAGAUCCCGAGAAAAGAGGCAAAAGGGUAGCUGCGGCCCUGGAGGUGUGACUUUCAGGGACCCAAAGCUGACUGUUUGGCCUGUUACAGACUAAUCCAAUGCUAAGAAAGCCAAGACAUGACCAUAUAGCUACAUACUGAAUCUUUGCCAGCCCAGAACUUGAUUUUUUCAAUAAGUGACAUUUGAGAAAUACAUAGGAUACCUAUGAUUACUGUCGGUUUAUCAAAUGCUGAGGACGAACAUAAUAAAUAUAG